AGUUUAAACACAUUAACCGAAAAAAAAGUCAUCCAGCAAUGAGUGAAGGAUAAUCAUCACUGAAAUUGUAAGGUACAUCUGUAAUGCCAUUUUGUGUAAGUUUCCUAAUUUGGGCAGAAUAUUACAUUCAUGAAUAUACCGUGUACAUUCCACAUCAAUUGCAGGGUUUUUUUUGUAUUCCUCUGCAACAGCUGUUUCUGGCUAAGCUGAAUUUUAUCUAUGCGGCUCUAAAUCCAACAAUAGUAAUUUUUGUUACAUUUCUCCAUCUUUCAACAAAAACAACGCGUGCAAGAUGUUGUUGGUAUAAUAAACGCUGUCCGUUUGCUGCUUCAUUAAAGCCCUGUUUUAUGCCCACCCCUUUCAAUCUGCCCAUGUUUGACAUACCACUGGGAAGUCUGAACGAUCAUGAGUGGCUUACGACAUUCUGUCAACACUCAGCACGUCUGCCCGCUCUCGCAGUGCAGCGCUCUGUUAAAGGGAGGCAAGCCAGGCUUCGUGAUCCGUCUUGCCCUUAACCUCACCUAAAACAAGCGGGGAAAGUGUACCGGCGGCUGCGGCUCGGUGGUCAGUCAAAAGGACGCCAUACCGUUCCUCCCAACCGAUGAAAGGUCGUGCUUGGUCAUUUCAAAUCAUGGGACGGUGAUCCCGGCAAAACGAGCUGAACGAUUCACUGGCAAAGGGGAAGAUGCAAAAUUAACCAAGAGAGAGAGAGUUUGGAAAAGGUUUCCGAGAAACUGCAGCUUCAAGAGAGGGGAGAGGAUUUCUUUCUUUUCCCACCCUCGUGUUGUAUGUUAAACAGCAGCACUGUUGUAUUAAAAUUAAAACCGCGAAACUUGCCAGUGUGGACAAGGUGACUGAGCAUCGACUUGGGGAGUCCUACACUUCCCUACCGAGGAACCUCAGACCGAGGUACUGUGAACCACAGCUAGUGGGGAAUAAACUCAAGAGGCCGGGGAACUGGAUUCAUCCACACUGGGUUAUGUAUUGUGAUUUACAGUAUAUAGCUCGUGUGAACACACACACGCAUACACACAAAAAAACGGGUGACUGAAUGGAGCCCGUCACUGGGCGGAAAACGAUGGUCUGGAUGCCACUGGGGCAGGAGAUCCACCUGCCCGAGUCAGAAAGAAAAAACAGUCAGCUUCAAACAAAAAGCAAAAUGAUGUAAAAAAAAGUUUGGAGAUUCGGAAGAUUUAUCCGUAUAAAUUCAACAAAAAAAGGAGAGAGAGACGGGAGGGUGGGGGGAAAAAGAAAACCGACUCCAACCAGGGAUUGGAGGUCUGAACUCUUGCUUCAUGGAUUUCCUCCUUGUGGCUCUUAGUCUCCAGUGGCUGCUGCAGAAGCCUUCAGUGUGGUUGGCGUGUGUACUCGGCUUGUUGUUGGAAAUGCUCCCCGGCGCUGAGAGUGUGUGCGCCAGUCAGUGCCGUUGCGAUGGGAAGCUGCUGUAUUGCGAGUCGCAGAGCCUGGGCGAGAUGCCGCGGAACCUGUCGGGGCUGCAGGGUCUGUCGCUGCGCUACAACAGCCUGUCGGAGCUGCGCGCCGAUCAGUUCGCCGGCGUGCUGCAGCUCACUUGGCUCUACCUCGACCACAACCACAUUUACUCGGUGGACGGCGCCGCAUUCCGCGGGCUGCGGCGCCUCAAGGAGCUGGUGCUCAGCUCCAACAAGAUCACCCAGCUGCCCAACUCCACUUUCCGGCCCAUGCCCAACCUGCGCCAUGUGCAGCUUUCCUACAACAACCUGCAGUCCCUGGAGCCGGACCUUUUCCACGGCCUGCGCAAGCUGCAAACGCUGCACCUGCGCUCCAACGCACUCAAGUACAUUCCGGUUCGAAUAUUCCAGGAUUGCCGGAGCCUCGAGUUUCUGGACGUAGGAUAUAAUCAGCUACAGAGCCUUGCCCGGAAUGCGUUCGCGGGCUUGUUGAAACUAACUGAACUCCACCUGGAGCACAACGAUUUGGUGAAAGUAAACUUUGCUCAUUUCCCACGGCUCCUCUCCCUAAGAACCCUCUACAUGCAGUGGAAUAAAGUCAGUAUUGUAGUGAAUUCUUUGGAGUGGACUUGGAACCAUCUAGAAAAAUUAGACCUCUCUGGGAAUGAGAUUGAGUUUAUUGAAUCUUAUGCCUUUGAAGUAGUGCCUAACCUCAAGAUACUUCAAUUGGAUUCAAAUCGCCUAACCACCAUCGAACAAACAAUUCUGGAUUCUUGGAAAUCCCUAACCAGCAUCAGUCUUUCUGGAAACAGCUGGGAAUGCAGUCGGAAUAUCUGUGCUUUGGCCACCUGGCUGAGCAGUUUUAAGGGUCAUCAUGAAGGCAGCCUGUUAUGUGCCAGCCCUGUGCAUACUCAGGGCGAGGAGGUUCUAGACGCUGUGCAUGGCUUUCACAUAUGUGACGACUUGGUCACAAGCACACUGGCAAUUUCAGACAUCACGAGUGUGGCAGAAACAAACCAAGAUAUGACAGCAGUCAGAGAUGCUUCCAGCAUCUAUGUCACGCAGGAUACAACAGGAAUAAAAACCACUGAUUUAAUCACUGCCACUAGUGAGCUUUCUCACGAUCAACAGGAAAAUACUAUUCAGGUUCACAAAGUAAUCACCGGCACCAUGGCAUUGCUUUUCUCCUUUCUGAUAGUGGUGUUAGUGCUGUAUGUCUCAUGGAAAUGUUUUCCUGCUGGCCUCAGGCACUUGAGGCAGUGCUUUGUGACACAGCGCCGCAAGCAAAAACAGCAACAAACUAUGCAUCAGAUGGCUGCCAUGUCCACGCAGGAAUACUACGUGGACUACAAACCCAAUCAUAUUGAAGGGGCACUGGUGAUCAUUAAUGAUUAUGGAUCAUGUUCGUGUCAUCAACAACCAGCCAGAGAAUGUGAAGUAUAAUUUUCAUUCUGCCUCACUGGAAAUGAAACAUUACAAGUGGACAUACUGCAGUUAGAGACUGACACACCUAAAAGGACCACUUUACAAUACUGAGUAUGAAUGAAUUACACAGUACUGAUUCCAACAAAACCUUGCACCAGGAUCUUUCAACAGUCCAAACAAUAUUUAAGCUUCAAUGCGUCUUUAAAAUCUUUCAAAUCAUCCUAUGUUCGACUGUCAUUUAAAAUUUGUAAAAGGAAAAAAUGUAUAUGUAACUCUUCUCACCAGUUUCUUAUGAUAUUAAACCCACCUGUAAGAUCUGGGAAAAAGGGAGUUCAAGGCUCAUCAAGGAUGUAAGUUAAUCAAUUUUGUAAACUACCCUGAUUUAAAUAAAUAUUUUAAAAAAUGUUAUUUAUAUGUUAUUUACAGCAGGUUUCAGAGGAGGAGGAAUAUCAACAUAUGUUCUAUAUUUUUUUUGUGUUAGUGAGUAAGAAAAACCCUUCAGUGUGUGUUUUUUUUCCUCUCAAUUAAUUGUAGCAAUCAACCCUUUGAAAUAUAUGAAAUAUAAAACCUUGCAUUUCCUGCAAGGUAAUCACAGUGGCAAAAUUUAGAUCACUCUUAUUUUCCAGAUUACAAUGGGUUAAUAAUUAAAACUAAACACAAAUAUGUAUCCAUUAUAUUGAGCACACUCUCAUCAUCUUUCUCUAGGCACCAAAUACUGCAGUUUCAAGCUAAAGUAGGGAAGAUAGUAGUGCACAGUGAUAUAAAAGAAAUUUGCUGCAGUGUAGAAUUCUGUACCUCAAAAUUCAAAAGUCCACACCUCUCCUGAAAAACAGAACAGCAAUAGCAAAUAAGCUGCUUAACAGAAAUAUCUGACAGGGAAAGUGAAGUGAAAGAGUAAAAUUUGGAUCUUCACUUUUUGUUGAUAAAAGACCUAAGCUUUAGUUCAUAAACCAGGUGCAUUUGCUUAUACAACUAUAACUAUAUUAGUAGACGUAUAUUAAUUAUCCAUAUUAAACCUGUGUCAAAGUUUUCUUUUAAAAUAAUGUUGGCAUGUCAGUUUUAAAUAUAAAUGUUAAAACUUU